AUAGCGUCUGCUUGCUCACAACUGCAGCUGACAUCUGCGCGCGACCACGCACGACGUUGCUGCCGAGCUCUUGCUUAGCCGCUUGCUUCGCCGGUAUCGGCGUUCUCUCCCCGCAAUGUGCCACAUGAGAAAAAAGUUUUGCUGCUGCUGCUCUUGCAAAGGCUGCGGGAGCGCAGAAAGCGUCUGCGGCGACGUUGGUGGGUCCGGCCAGUCUUUCAACUGCGUAAAGAAGAAGGACUUUACGGCUAUGCAACGGAUAUGUCAGGAUGACCACGGAUUUUUCAACAAGUUCUUUCGCAAGGCGCCGCAGCUCCUGGACAAGCUAUUGAGCUUUUUAGCAGAGGACCUCACACGGCAGCACCACAUUCGAGAAACCCCUGGAGCCUGGAGAACGACUUGCUGUAGCAUUGAGAAGCAAUGCUUCCUAACGUAUCCAGCCUACGACUGUCUGCUGAAGCCAGCGAUGCUUCUGACUGCGGACUGCUGUGGUGUGCCUCAGAAUCCUCAGGAACCAGAACUUCUUGAAACAUCGGUGAUUCAAGAGAUUCCAAAAUGUCCUGAGACUCCACAGACUCAUGCGACGCCGAAGACAGAGUCGAUGCUGGCGCUUGUGACUAUUCACUUGACGGUGAUGGCACUUCAAGUGUUGCCAGAUCGGAAAACUGGCACAAUUCUCGUUAAGAUGUCUGCAGCACUUCCCUCCUCACUCGAUGGGGGCACUGGUGGAAGGUUGGCGGACAUCCUGCAUGUGAGCGUAAUAAGGUUUGCACAUACUGUCAAUGUGUAAAUAAUGUCCCAGUCUGGAUGCAAAAAUAUAUGUGAAGGCUGAAAGCCGUCCACAUUUGUUUUAGUGUGUGAUUUUAUUAGAGUACACUGAAGCUGUGAAUCAGUUUUGUCGGGACAAAAGUG